UUUCAAAGCCCCCACCUUUACAAGCCAAUUUCAAACCCCUAAACACCACAAUUCCGCCCCUAGGGCAUUAAUCCUAUUCCUCUUCCUACCGCCUCGGAAACGAAGAGAUGCCUGCCCUGGCAUGCUGCGUGGACGCCGCCGUUGCGGCUCCUCCCUUCUCCGGCGUGCCUCUGACAGUAACAAACCCAGCCGCCGCUUCCGCCACUGCUGCCUCCGCCGCAGCCAUCGAGGACCUGUCCCGCUGGUCCCCUUCCCGUUCGGCGUCGCUCUACCGGAUGGACGGGUGGGGAGACCCGUAUUUCUCUGUUAACUCGUCUGGGAACAUCUCAGUGAGGCCCCACGGAGUCGAGACCCUGCCCCACCAGGAGAUUGAUGUGCUGAAGAUUGUGAAGAAGGCCUCAGACCCGAAAUCUGCUGGCGGCCUCGGUCUGCAGCUGCCUCUGAUUGUGCGGCUGCCCGAUGUGCUGAAGAACAGGCUCGAGUCCCUUCAGUCGGCUUUCAAUUUCGCUAUUGGUUCCCAGGACUAUGAGGCCCACUACCAGGGUGUUUACCCAGUCAAGUGCAACCAGGAUCGUUUCGUUGUGGAGGACAUUGUGAGGUUCGGGUCCCCGUUCCGGUUUGGGCUCGAGGCUGGCUCGAAGCCAGAGCUUCUUCUUGCAAUGAGCUGCUUGUGCAAGGGCAGCCCGGAGGCUUUGCUCAUCUGUAACGGUUUCAAGGAUGCAGAAUACAUAUCCCUUGCUCUGGUUGCCCGGAAGCUUGCACUGAACACCGUGAUUGUCCUCGAGAUGGAGGAGGAGCUCGAUACAGUUAUCGAUGUGAGCAAGAAGCUCUCGGUGAGGCCCGUCAUUGGUGUCCGAGCGAAACUGAGGACCAAGCACUCUGGUCAUUUUGGAUCCACUUCUGGUGAGAAAGGCAAGUUUGGCUUGACCACGACUCAAAUUUUGCGUGUGGUGAAGAAGCUUGAGCAAGCUGGAAUGCUGGACUGCCUCCAAUUGCUGCAUUUCCAUAUUGGGUCACAGAUCCCAUCCACCGCCUUGCUCACGGACGGGGUUGCUGAGGCUGCACAGAUCUAUUGCGAACUCGUACGCCUCGGUGCUGGAAUGCAAGUUAUUGACAUUGGAGGAGGUCUUGGUAUUGAUUAUGAUGGGUCCAAGUCUGCUGAUUCUGAUAUUUCCGUGGGUUAUAGCCUCGAAGACUAUGCUUCAGCUGUUGUUCGAGCUAUUCGUGUUGUCUGCGACCGCAAAUCCGUGAAGCACCCUGUGCUUUGCAGCGAGAGCGGACGUGCAAUUGUAUCGCACCACUCAAUUCUGAUCUUCGAGGCUGUCGCUGCCAGUGUUUAUCAUGCUCCUGCCAUGUCCUCUCAUGGGCUGCAAUACUUAGUGGAUGGCCUUCCGGAAGAUGCUCGUGCAGACUAUGGCAACUUGUCUGCCGCGGCUAUGAGAGGUGAAUAUGAGACCUGCUUGCUUUAUGCUGAACAGUUGAAGCAGAGAUGUAUUGAACAAUUUAAGGAGGGAGUACUGGGUAUGGAGCAGCUUGCUGCAGUUGAUGGGUUGUGUGACGUGGUUUCUAAGGCAAUUGGUGUUUCGGACCCUGUUCGCACUUACCAUGUCAACCUCUCUAUAUUCACUUCGAUUCCCGAUUUCUGGGGUAUUGGUCAGCUGUUUCCCAUAGUCCCCAUUCAUCGACUCGAUCAAAGGCCUUGUGUGAGGGGGAUCCUAUCUGACUUGACCUGCGACAGCGAUGGGAAGAUUGAUAGGUUCAUCGGUGGUGAGUCGAGCUUGCCUCUCCAUGAAAUGGAAGGAGAAGGAGGUGCCUCUGUUGGUGGGCGGUACUACUUGGGGAUGUUCUUGGGCGGGGCCUAUGAAGAGGCUAUCGGCGGGCUCCACAACCUUUUCGGGGGGCCCAGUGUAGUCCGGGUCCAGCAGAGCGAGGGUCCGCAUGGCUUUGCUGUGACUCUUGCUGUACCGGGCCCAUCCUGUGGGGAUGUCCUUCGGGUGAUGCAGCAUGAGCCCAAGCUCAUGUUUGAGACUCUCAGGCACAGAGCAGAGGAGUACGGCGGGGGGCAGGACCACGAUGGGAUGGCUAGUAUGGCAUUAGCCAGCGGGCUUGCCCAGUCCUUCCACAACAUGCCUUACCUCGUCACUGCUUCCUCCUGUGGGCUCAAUGCGAUCAGUAACAGUGGGUUCUACUACUGCAGCGAGGACGAGUACGGUGUGGGCGUCGCCGAUGCUGCUGCUGGAGACGACGAGCAGUGGUCUUACUGCUGUGCUUGAGACUCGUCUUGGUCCCUUUUUAUCAUCCCCGAGGAGUCACUAGUAGGUGGUUUGCCGGUCGGUUGGCUUUGUUGUCUGUCAGUUGAUGUCGUCUGGUUUUUUUUCUUGUGACUAUUGCAAUUUCUCUUUAUUAUUAUUAUGAUGCCAUUUUUCGAUUUCAAGCAAAGGAUUCAAAAGAUGGCAAGGCAGCAUUAGAACUUAAUUUGCAUUUUGAUCGGGGGAAGUAGAGGACGUGCUUGGACCGAACCUGGCCUUUGUCAAGUUCGGCUCCUUCGUCGUGCUUCCAUUGAUAUCCUUCUCUAUUAGACUUUUUCUUUUCUUUUCUUUUCUUUUUUUGAAGAGUUUCAGUCUCAGCUUCUCAAAUCUCCUCCACUUUCCCCGUUACUAUUAUGCA